AUGCCUCCGCCGCCGCCGCCGCCGCCACGGCCAGAGUGGCCGAUACCGACGCUCAACGUGCGCGUCGACGAUCUCGCGCACCCGGGCGCCAAGCUCUUCUUCGAGAGCGUCAACCCCGCCGACGCCCUCCGCGACGCCGUCACCGCCGUCUUCCAGUGGCUCUACGUCACCACCGCCAGCGCACCCGCACACGUGCGCACCGUCGACCUCAUCCUCCGCGCCUUCCCCGGCGUCGCAUACACCACCGGCACGCACACCGCGAAGCAGAUCCACCUCUCCCUCACCCACGUCGUCGCCUCCGCCUCCGCCUCCCCGGCGCGCGCGCGGGACGAGAUCCGCGGCGUGCUCACGCACGAGGCCGUCCACUGCUUCCAGCACAACGCGCGCGGGACCUGUCCCUCGGGCCUCGUCGAGGGCAUCGCCGACUGGGUCCGCCUCCGCGCGAACCUCGCGCCUCCUCACUGGCGCGCGCGCCCCACGGACAGGUGGGACGCGGGCUACGACGCGACCGCGUACUUCCUCGCCUGGCUCGAGGCGCGCCACGGCCCGCGCACCGUCCCCGCCCUCAACGCCGCCCUCGACUCCGGCUCCGACGCGGCGAGCAGCGUCAGUGUGGGCCCCGCGUACGACGACGCGGUGUUCCACCAUCUGACGGGGUCGAGCGUCGAUGAUCUCUGGCGCGCGUACUGCGCGGAGCUCCGAGCGCGCGCGUGAUGGCGGGGGAAAGGGGCAGAUCGCAGCGCGGUGUGGUGUGGUGUACGCUACGGCCUCGUUCAGGUACCCAUCUCGAUUGUCUACAGCACGUACUCCGGGCGUCGUUCAUUUAUAUAUAUACAUCGCUACAUCGCUCCGACCCGAGUCAGCAAAUAAAAUAAACACGGUUGCCAGAGAAAGAAAGAAGGUCAAAAGAGAUAAAAGGGAUGAUGGUGAUGAUGGUGAUGAUAGUGAUGAUGAUGGAAAGAAACCGUGUGGGCCGAUGUAGCAGCCGUGAGAUCCGAUGUGGCCGAGCGAGGAAAUGCGGGCGAGAACGAAGAGAUGCGGAAGAGGAGGGUGACGGGAGAGCCCAGCCGAGCCCGAGAGGAACCGAUAGUGGAUACAGCCUAGUAAUGAGAGCAACCCAACCAGAUGAAAAGAUCACGCAGCGAAGCCGCACGCCCGCGCGCGCGCGCAGAAAGCAGGCAAGGGCCGACCGACGCGUCGACCGGUCAUCCCAGCUCCUCCUGCAGCUCGCGCGCCAAAAAGUCGUCAUCGUCGUCGUCUUCCUCCUCGUCGUCAUCAUCACUAUCGUCGCUAUCGUCGUCGUCGUCGUCGUCAUCGUCGACGUCUUCGUCUUCCUCGUCCUCCUCUUCCUCCUCUUUUUCCGCUUUCCCACCGCUCGCAACCUCCUCCUCCUCUUCUUCCUCCUCCGCAACCACCCCAAGCACAGGCGCCUGUAGUCCUCCGACCCCAGCCCCGUCCCCAGCCCCAACCUGCACGCCCGCCCCUCCAGCACCAUCCAUCUCGAUCUCGCGCGCGUGCAGCUCGUCAACGGAGAACGCCUCACGCAGCUUCGACGAGUUGC